GGUCCGUUUGUCUAAAGGUUGGUUCCCAUCGUGUACUGUUGUUAUGUUUGUUUAGGUAUAUUAGCAUGAUGCGCCCGUUUAUUGAUUCUAAGGCUGACCAGGAUAAAAAGUUGUUCAUCGGCGGUUUAAGUCCUAAAACAGAUGAGAAUUCGCUCAAAAAUUAUUACGGUCAAUGGGGUGAAAUCAUUGAUGUUGUCGUUAUGAAAGAUCCUAGAUCUCAGAAAUCUCGAGGGUUUGGUUUUGUGACAUAUAAGGAUUCCUCGUCCGUUGAUGCUGCACAAAACAAUCGCCCACAUACUGUAGAUGGAAAGGAGGUGGAUACCAAGCGUGCCAUGCCCAGAGAGGAAACAAGUCCUGAGGUUCAUGCUGCAGUAAAGAAAAUAUUUGUAGGUGCUUUAAAGAAGGAUGUAACAAAUGAAGAUCUUAGUGAUUACUUUUCUCAGUUUGGGACCGUAACUGAUGCACAGAUUGUUAUAGCUAAAGAUACGAAUACAUCCCGGGGCUUCGCAUUCGUUACGUUUGAUGACACAGAUGCAGUAGACAAAGUUAUUUUAGCUCGACCACAUACUAUCAAAGACUCUAAGGCAGAUGUACGAAAAGCACUCAGCCGAGAAGAAAUGAAUAAAAUGAGGUCAAAACCUGCACCUAUGAGAGCAGAUUAUAACGGUGGUGGCUGGCACGACAAUGCAAACGGAGGUUUCCAGCCUCAGUCAUGGGAUCAGGGUUACAAUCAACCUUACGCACAUCAACAGCCUUAUGCUUAUAACGGAGCAGGCUAUGGUUAUGGUGGUUACGAUGCAGGUUGCCCUGCAGGUGGUUGGCCUAAUGCUUCCGACGGAUUCGGCAAUUAUCAGCAACAAGCCUAUGGUGGUGGUCCAAUGAGAGCGACACCUGCAAAUGCACAGUAUUCCCGUCCUGCUCCAUAUUCCGGUAAUGGUUGGCAACGCUAAAGUUAAUUUUGUUAUUUCAAUACCAAACGCCUAGUGCAUUUUGACAACUUUUUAUCACUUGCUGUAAAAUAUACAAAUCAGUUAUUCUGCUAUUGCCUUGUACUCCCAGCCGCUUGAUGCUAAUGUUGAGAAGCUAGUUAGGUCGCUAUUGGAAAAAGAUAAGGUAUGGCACAUUGCGACUCGUCACAUCGAUUCCCAGUUGUAUACUCAAUAUGGAGAGGAAGCUCCCGUGAGACUCCAUGAAGAACUGGAUUGUGUUGCAGCAAGGAGGUUACAAUCAAUUCAAAGGUGGUCAGCAAACAAGACGGUGAGCUGGACUCCUUACCAUCUGGCUUAACGCGAGACGAGUGCAGCCAAUUUUUUACAUCAAUCGACGCAACUGAUGAAUCCGUUGGUUUUCUACACGAUGUUUGUGUUUUGUCUAGGGUUAUUGGUGAAUAAAAGUACUUUGUUUCUACCUGAAAGGGUUUUGUUUCAAAGUUUUUGAACAAUAUAACAGAUACAUUUUGAGAGAUAAAAAGCAUUCUUUUCUCUCUUGAAAUUAGUGUUGCUACUAUUUAACUCAAACUAGCACUGGCAAUUACAGUAAAUUCGUGUUUGUAGAUAUUGCUGGAGUAUUCGUGGCUUAGUUUAGUGGUCCGGAUCAUACUAAUUAAUAAAGCGGUGAUGAUCAUUAGCCGCUACAAUAUUGUAGUUCCCCAAGUACUGUUUUGGAUAUUAAGGACUGCGCAUGAUUGCUCCACUAAUUAAGGUGAUGUUCAGAAUGCUUUUUGAAUGAAACCGAGUAAACCUCUGCUCGUGUAAUAUUACAUAGUUUAUUGAGUGGUCCUCUCGGUGCAUGCAUUUAAUUAAAACCAAUGUGCAUUAGUCGAGCACUUAGUACUACCAUGAUUGUAAUGCUGUCUUGGUAAUUGUGUUGUCAUAGGCCGACGCCAGUCAAGGUUUUCAAAUUAAUACUGACUAUCCUUUCACUGGUAGCUCAUAAAGCAUAUAAGUGUUCGAGCUCGUUUAAAGCCAUACUUACAGUCCCUAUGUAUGAGGAUUUGACAGUUGCAACCAAAUGAAAUCCAAACUAUAUCAAGUCAGAUAUAACUAGUAGAUAUCUCACCUAUUGGGG